AUGUCGACCGAGCUAUUUCAAAGUAAAUUAACCUUAUUGAAUAAGAAUUUCCUACAGUUUGUAACUAAAAAAGUAGAGCAAUAUCCAUCGGCAGAUCUCGUAAGUUUCCUCUGUGGUUCAUAUUGAUAUUUUUAGUCUCCCACUCUCAAGAGUUACUUGAAACAUCUCGCAGAUUUGGAUAAGUUGUAUUCUGGGCCAGAGGAAGAGAAAAAGCUAACGGAUCGACCUUUUAAGAAGGCUCUCCCGCCUUCGGCCAAACUAAAACGAUUUGGUGAGCUGAAACCGAGUGAAUCGAAUUCGACUAGCACUUUUUCUUCUACUCUCAUAUCCAAGCCAGUUGAGCCUUUGAAGUCGAUAUCGACUUCCAAGGAAGUGUCUGCUCCUGUAUUCUCGUCGACACUUCCUACGUCUGCUAACUCAAAUCCUUUACCUUUUGUGCAACAACCCUCAGCAGGUUUGGCUGUGAAGCCUUCAGAGCCCCUGCCAGUUGUUCCAUCAUCUGCACCGUGCUCUUCGUCAGAACCCAAAAAAUCUGAAACAUCGAAUGCUCAACUCUUUCAAAGGACCCCGGCUUCCAGUUAUUUCGGCUCUCAAAGUUCCCAGCCGGUGUUUAAAGAAAGCGCUCCUGCCGUUCCUUCCAUUCCAAAGGCGCCAAGUUCAAAUAGUUUUACGCCAUACAGGUUGUUUAUUAAUAAUUUAAUUUUUAUUAUCUUUUGUUAUUUUCAGUACUGAACAGCGGUUAUCUAGGAAACGACAAGCGAAGACUCAACUCAGCUAUGAUGAUUACCUAAAACCAUUGGGAGAUUCACCUGAAAAGAAAGAAAGGGAGUCCACCUUCAAACCUCCACCAAGUUUUGAUCCUUAUAUUUUUAAAAAGAAGGAUGAGUAAGUCUUUAUUGUCUUUUGUAUUCUACUUUUUAGUGCUUUGGUGCCUUCCCCACCUGUCGCUCGGGACCUUUUUGAUAAGAAGAAUGAGUAAGUUUUUAAAAAGUUUUAUGUUUUUUCCAACAAGUUUUCUGGUUUUUAAUGUGUUUGUUGUUUCAGGACGACCGUGUCGAAACUUACAAACUUUAACUCGGACUUUGAGCCCAAGAAAAAGGACGAAGCUCCAUCCUGUCCUGUUUUCCCAUCAUUUGGAAUCCCAAAGUCUUCGAGUUCUCCUUCCGAGCCGACUGAGGAUCCAAAACCAUCAGAUCCCACGCCUCCUAAGUUCAAUUUAUUCGGUUCUUCAUCGACCGAAAAGAAAGAACUCCCAACGUUCAACUUCUUGAGCCGAAGUGAGGACAAGAAAGAUGAAUCCAAGGGUACUCCCGGAGUUUCGAUUCCUACGAAGAAUGAGGAGAAGGAGAAGCUCCCCAAUUUUUCUGAUCUUUUCAGAACUGAUGAAAAUAAACCAAAGGGGACGGAGCCGAGUCUGUCUUUGUUCUUGAAGAAACCGGAGGGAGAAGCAGCUCCUUUUACCCUGUUUUCAGACAAAUCGAGUAGUUUAAAUGUUUCAUCGACCGAAAACACGGGAGAAGAUGAGGAAGAAGGGAAAGGUACAGUCUUCUCACCUUUUUAGAUUAUCACCAUUUUAUAUUAGUUUCAUGGAAUUCUUUAAUUUGUUGUUUUCCAGAAGAACCCCCUAAAGUGGAAGCGGUAGACCAAAGUGAGCCAGAUGCUCUGUUUUCGGCUAAGGCCACAGUCCAUCUACUGAAAGAAGGGACCAACAGUUGGAACAAGCUGGGUGUUGGAUACGUGAAUAUCAAGGAUUUGGGGGAGAAGAAACAACUUUUAGUGAGAGCCGCGACCACAUUGGGCACGAUCUGGGUAAACACGGCCGUCAAUAAUCACGUCAAGUCCUUCAAAAUGAAUGAAAAAAGAAUAAAGGUGGGCCGGGCCGAGUGAAAGGGAAAUGACACCUUGAAACAUUCGAAUGACAACCUUGAAACAUUAAGAGAAAGUGUAACAAAAUAUUUGCAGGUCCGAUUCCCGAAUGAGGUGGUGGAUGAGAAGACCAAAGAAAAAAGUGUGAAGAUCUCCACCUACUUAUUGACUGUCGCGGCUCCUGAUUGUGAUAAGCUGUCCGAUUAUUUGAAUGCCGCCCCUAUGUAA